AAUAAGGAAUGACAACGCAGCUCUAAAGCCAACAGCAGACAGAGCGCUGAGCCCAGCCGGUGACAACCUGCCGUCUGUUUACUAUCGAAACAAGCAUAGAAAACAAGCGUAGACAGGGGUGGCCAUUGAAGAAGAAACAGCGUGACACAGAAAGGCGUGAAGACGAAAGGGGGAAAAUUGGAUCACAUUUUCCUGGCUGACGUUGCUCUUACCAGCCACACACACGCACACCUUUAAAAGACAUCCAGCGAGUAAAGUUCCCGAGCUGAUCCGCCGGUCCCUGCCUGGCUUGAGAACAUUUUAGUAGAACGUCUGUUGAAGCUCGACCUGGUCCGGUGCGGAUUGCAGACCUCGUCCCAGUGCCUUGGGAUCAACGAUGCCUGUUGGAUGGUAACAUUUCCUGAAGAAAACUGUCCGUGAACGUGCCACAUGCGCGUGGAAGAUAUGGAUUCGCUUUCACUAUAGCCAAGAUUUGCCGCGGUUUUUUUUAAACGUUCUCUUCCUUUGAUCGUCAGCACAUUUUUUUCCCCCAAAUUUACUUUUAUUGUCAUUUUAAAGGACCUCUGGGAUUACUAGACUCUGCUGGGGUUACAAUCAUGAACUUUGUUGUUAGUUUGGUACUACAAAUUCUUUUGGCAGCGGUUCUUCACCUUUCCACCGUAAAGACUGCCAGCAUUAAGAAGGGAGUGGAUAAGAGUAAAAAUGAGGUUAUCCAACUCACAGAGGUCAUCAAUAAGAGUCGGUGCCAGCCAAGAGAGGUGCUUGUGGAUAUCUCCCAGGAGUAUCCAGAAGACACAGAACACACCUACAUACCUUCCUGCGUGGUCCUCACUCGGUGCGGAGGCUGCUGCACUGAUGAGGCGAUGGAGUGCGUACCAAUUGAAACCCGCAAUGUUACACUGCAGGUAAUGCAGUUGAGAACAAUGGUAAUACAACAUAAAAUCCAGUUAAGCUUCACAGAGCAUCAAAAGUGUGAUUGCAGGUUAAAGCCUGAAGUUCAAGCAAAGACAGAAUACCACUGUGCGCCUUGUUCAGAGAGAAGGAAGCGCUUGUUUGUGCAGGACCCUCUCACCUGUAAAUGCUCCUGCAAAUUCACACAAUUAGACUGCAAGUCCAGGCAGCUUGAGUUAAACGAAAGAACUUGCAGAUGUGACAAACCGAGGAGAUGAGACCAGGAGAUGCAGACACUGUUAUAACACUGUUAUGAAGGAAUUAUUUUCGGCACAGCACUUUGAAAUCUGAGGAUGCAUUCCCUGCAAGACACUCUAUGACAAUGCAAGACCGGACAUUCUGGAUCCUGAUCCUGCCACAGCCAGUUUUCCGCCUAACACUAUUCAUAUAGUAUAUGUGUACAUACACUCUUAAGUACGACAACAAUUUGUAUUGCUGCUACUAUUUAAAACCGAACGACUGCGCUGCCGCGUGUGAAUGGGAAGUGUUGAACAAGCGGAAGACUGCGCGAGGAUACAAUUGAGGAGAAAUUAUUUUAUUUGACACUUCACUGGAUGCUUGUCUGCUGUGGAUAUGAACCCGACGUAUGCCUCACUUUAAGGAGUAAUUGGUGACCAUAAUUGAAUCCAUGAAUGCAGCAAAGCCGAACUGAAGGGCCUUAAAAGGGGACUGGUGGACGAUAAGGAUGAGAAACCUGCAGCACUUGAACUGUACGGCAGGUUGAGAAGUUAGGAAGUGACUUCACUUAAUGUGAGAACUCAAAUCUGACACAAGUGCUGACACAGGUGUACGUGUUGUGGUGACGAAUAAUGUGACCUUCUUCCCAAAUGGAAGUUCAGUGACGAUGGCAAGAACCAAACCAAAAUUUUGCCAAUUAAGUACAUUUGCUAAAGAUUCGGGCUUAUCUCCAUGUUUGAAAGUCAAAGCUUUGUCAGGGUUAAAGGUAUCGAACCACUACUUAUCUGGUCCUGCCUUCAUCACGCCACUCUUCCUGAGUUGGAAAAUAUAUUUUCUGUGCACAGAGUUUAUUUGUAUUUUUUAAAAUAUUGUGUUAAUUUCACUAAAUGUCUUGAGACCAGGCGAAAGGGAUGUUGUUGUAGGUAUAUAUGACAAUGAUUAGUGACUCAAGAAACCCCCAAACCGUUAUAUAUGAAUGGCUUUGUUUGUGUUCCAAAGAAACAGUCAUCCUUCCACAACAGAGCAUUUCAGGAAUGGUUUGUAUGUGCUUACUUGAUAUCCCUUUUGUCAAAUAGAUUACAUUUAAUUUAUAGAACGUGUUCAGUAUUCUGUAUUAUAAUAUUUAUAUGCAGUGUUACAGUGAUUUGAUUUUGUUGGUCCUCAAUUUCAAUGUGGUUUGAAAUUGAACAUGUUUGACUGCGGAUGCCUUUUUGUGAAGGAAAAGGACUGAAGACAACGCUUUGACAUUCCUGGUUUGAACUAAAGCUGUGUUACUUACCAGCCGGCGAGGGAAGAGAGGGGGUCACGGUGGGCAUGUUGACCAAGAGAAACCCAGUCAUCAGCAUGUGCGAAUGAUGCACCAGAACAGGUGCGCUUCAUUUUGGACCCGGGCAUGUGGUUUUGCACUCGUUUGCCCGCAGACACGUCAUAAGCAGGACGGAAGGAGUCUCGCUGCUGCUGCUGCUGCAGCUGCUGUUGCUGCUGCUGCUCAGCUCGGACCUAAUUUAGUGAGGACUGUCCAAUCGGAUUAAGGUCUUUAGUCUGAGGGUGGUGAAUUGGCAGUUUACUUACUCUGGCUUCUCUGACAAACAGAAUUGUGAAUGCUGAGUUUUGCAUUGUAUUUUAAUCAGGAGGAAACACAAAUGCACAUUUAAACUGUUACCCUUUGAGACUCAAUGUAUCAGAAGAGACAGCACAGGCUCCAAUUAAGAACACUUGGAUGUCCAGCAGUGACCUGAUACAGAAAACUGUGUUAUCUCAUAUACAGUACAUAUAUCUCAAAAGACAAAUAUUGCAGAUUUAUUCUUAAAGACAGAAAAAAUAACUUCGCAAAAGCUGCUGAAGUACAUAGAUUUUUCCACAACUUUGUGCCAGUUGCAAAACUGUCCUUUAUCAGUCAUGUGAGCCUGCAGUAAACCCUGAUAUUACAACCCUCACACUAAAGUCCUGAGAGAGAGAGUUCACUAAAAGACAGACAGCUGGGUCGCCUACGCCUCUUAAAGUCCUCAUUUGAUGAGAACAUUCUCUUUGUAUUUAAAUGACAAAUUGUUGUUGAAUUUGUACAGCCACAAAAUUUUUGUAGUAUAUUUUCACAUUAAUAUAUUUAUUUCUGCUGUACAUUCUUUUACAAUAUUAAUAGUUAUUUUUGUUGUUU